AUGUCAUUUUUCACUUGCCCUUGGUUGAGAAAACUGCGGACGACUGCGCCGUCGGAGGUUGCUCGUUCCGACCAAACCCACGCCGAGGGAGCAUCUCAGCAGGACCAGACACAAGGGCCCCUACUGUCUGGAUUUGACAAUAUCCCACCUUUGAGUCAGAAGCAGCUCGGGAACUUUACUCAUAUGCUUCGACGUCGCUUCUCUCGAGAGUCCAAAACGUCAAAUGAGCACCGUGAUUCUGGCAAAUUUAGCCUUCCCUUUUCCCUCAAGGCAAGGUCAACCACGAAGCCUGGGACAGAACUCAUGGUACUGGAAGACAUUGGGAGCAGUCUGAUGAGCGAAAGAGGGUACGACAGCGAUGCACGAGAUAUUCCGACUCCAACCCGCGCGAACCACAUGGCAGCCUCGCCUGCAGCUCAAGGCUUCCGGAGAAUGGAGUUGAUUGAUCUAAUGGAAAGAAGCCAAGAGCGGGAAGAAUCUGAGCGCUGGACAACGGACCAGUCCCCACAUAAGUCGGAUUCUCGUGAUUCCCCAUUGGGAAUGCAUUAUAUACCGACUCCCAAAAGCAGUCUAAGAGGUGCACCCCAUCCACUUCGUGAAGCGAACAGUCAACAUCCAGCUCUCGAAGAUGAGCGCACGCGGGGAGAACGUAUUCUGCAGAUGGGGCUUGCAAGAUCCCAACCCAAUAUGAAUGUUCCAAGCCGUGGCUCUGGUCCAUCGAUCUCAAUGCACUCUCCAGCUCUUGUCGGUUCAAAUGCCGUAGAUGACGUGAAUUUCAUAGCCCAUUGGGACCAGUACUUGAGGAGAGGUCAAAGGAAGGGCAUGACGACAUCAGGAUCUCUGCCAAACUGGUCCACGGAUGCUCUGGUAGCCCAAAGGAGACAGCCAGGGACCGCGGCCAUGUCUCAAACAGAUCUCCAAACAGAUCUCCGGGCACUUCAUCUGGGUGAUCUCAAAAUAUCCCAUCGGCUCGCUUCUCAGACCAUGUCUUCUGGGUCCAUCUCCCGCAAUCCCUCGAGUGUUGAUCUCGCUCGUUACAAUCGGCAUGGCCAACUGAUGUCUUCUUCCCAUGAGAACCUUCAUCCUCGCCAGAGAUCACCGCAGGGGCAGAUCAGUCGCCGCGGCCCGUCUUCGUUUUACUCUCAGCAAAGCAGUCAUCCCAGCUCAAGAGAAACAUCGCCGCGUGUCCAAUCAUUAGUUCACAUCGAAAGACCCAUUCAGUUCAACCAGGGAACAAGAGGGAAGCCUCAAAGCGGGGGUCCUAUUACGGAUAAUGGCUCUAUGCAUGGAAGCAGAUUUCGUGAGCAUUGUGAUGCUACCAACGCACCCCCUCAAUAUCACGGUCAGCCUCAUGACCCGAAUCACCGUUCUCCACGCAGGAUCAGUGCAGGUUGGAUGUCAGGAGGCAGACGGGUUGGCUAUGGCUAUAGUCCGGUAUCAGCUGCUGAGGAUGCACCGACCCAACACCAAGGUAGCGAUGGACAUCCAAGCGACGUAGCGGGCUGGAGAUCGCCGAUUAAGAAUGACCGUCAAUUCCAAUCUCCAUUCCAAGAUUGUCGGAUGGGUCCUGAGGAAAUGGAGCCAACCAUUAAGGAGCCUCGCCCUAUACCACCUCCUAUGAAUCCAAAACGCCACGAGACUGUCGCAGCUACUAUUCCCCACUCCAUGACAUCUCCUCACUCAGCGAAGGAUUACCCAAUGCCGCCUGAUUUACCGACUUUCAUGGAUAGUCGAUACAAUCGAUCCAGUCUAGACUAUGAAACUGGUGCGGUCUGGGUUGAUGAAAGUAAUCCUCCGAGUCUUCGUGCUCCAGAACUUCUUUCAACAACUCAGAAUGAACGUUAUGAGGUUCCAUCAAGCGCCCACUACGGCAACCGCCCAAAUGAUGUUUCGGCGACCUGCUGGGCUAGACUCAGUCGAUCCGUGAAUGUGCAGCUUCUAGCUCGAAAGAAUGGAGAGGGACUAGACGGCCAUGAGACAGGCAGCCAUGGUGACUCACGCUUGGCAAUCGGAUAUACUGUCGACAAAGUACGAGACACCGCAAAACCCAUAGUUGGGCACGUUGAGAUAGAACCCUCCACAGCGGAGCCUUUCACUGCAGAUCAGCGUGACGAGGAGGAAGACCAAGCUGGUCAGCUACACCCAAGCAAUUCGCGCAGUUCACGAUGGCUGUUGAAGCUUUCCAAGCGUCAAGCAACUCGUUGUUCCCCGAACAUACACAAGCAAGAAAUCUCGCAGACUUCCUCGGCUUUCGUUGAGUGUGACUCGAACAGUGCCAGACGAACCAACUCUACAAAAAGCAGCGGAGCAGAAGACCCAGCGAGAGUCUACCAGGAUUGUCUCCGCAUGCCUGGAUCUUUUGAUGGCAGUCGCUGGGCUAAUCGGCGUAGCAAAGUACUGUGGGAUUUGUGUACGUCUGAAGAUGACUACUGA